AUGAAAUUUAUAAAGAAAAGCUUGAAAUAUUAAAAACUUUAAUUGUAAUAUUUGAUAGGACAUUCAUAGGUAGCAUUAGAGCAAGAAAAUAGACUAUUUUGGGCCUUAUGCGAAUUUAUCAGGAUGUUUUAGACGAUAGCAUUAGCAUUGUUAUAUCAGUAAAUAAUUCGAAUGUUGAGUACUGAUUAGAAAUUUGAAGAACCCUCUUACACUUAAGAUAAGAUUGAAUUAAUAAGUAGAAUAUCAAUGCCAACAAUUUUAAUUCUAGAAUAUUUAUCAUUAGAGUAAAUAAUAUAUUUUCAGUUGAUAUUUUUGGCUUUGCUUUUUUUAAUGUUAUUGAUUAAUGUAAUAGCUGUGAGAUUGGAAUAUAUUCAUUUUAAAGAGAUUAAAUUUUAAAACAAAAAAUAGUUUUGUAAGAAUGAUGGGAAUAGUUUUUGUAUAAAUAUAUAUUUAAUGAUUAGAAUCCCUAAACUUAUUAAAUAGUACAUAUAAUGAUAAUGAUUUUGUAGAACAUUUUUUAUUAAAAUAAUUAAUGAUAACAGAUAAUGGAUCUUUGAUUGAGAUGUAUUUAUACAGAACAUCUUUACUAACAAAUUAUUUUACUCAUAUCUUAUUUUUACCUUAAAUAUAUUGGAUAGCAAUAAUAUUUUAUAGAAUUUUUAAUUCAUCUAAUUACUAAGUUGUAUUGUUUGCUUUAAAUUUUACUCUAAAUUUGAUUUAAUUAUUAUUUUUAAUAAUUUUAGAGGCAUUGUCUUUAUAUAUGCAAUAAUCAUAUAGAUUAAAAGACACAAAUUAUUUAAGAUUAAGAGUUACAACAUCUUUUAAAAUUGGAUAGAUUCUUAGAAUUGUACCAACAGUUUUAUAUUUUAGUGUAUUGUAUCUAAUGGAUCAUGAAACAAUUUAUGAUAAUUUAAUAUUCUAAUAAAUAAUAAGUUGUUUUGUACUUUUGAAUCUAUUAUUUGAUUUAUAGGAUUAAUCAUAAAAUAUUCCAUUUGUUUAGCCAUAUAAAAUAUAUGUAUUUCAUUUUGCCUUUUCAUUUACUUUUGGUAUUACUUUUACAAAAUUGUUGUAAUUUUCAAUAACAGACAUAAUAACAUUAACUUUAAUGAGUAUUCCAUGUACAUGUAAAAUGCUUAAUUAAUUGACAGAUUAUAAUUUUAAAAAUAUUGUUAUGAAAACACUACAUGCUGAAAAUAUGCCUCUUAAAUAGAAGAUAUUAAAAAGAAGUUCUUAAACUAUUACUAAAUCUAUGGCUAUAAAUGAUGAUGCUCAUUAAAUUGAGAGAUUAAUUUGGUUAUAGAAAUUAGAAUAAAUAAAUACAGUUAGAUUAACUAAUUAUAAAUAUUUCUUAUAAUUUGUACGUUUAUAUGAGUUAUUGGGUAUUUAGAAAUAGCAAGCUUAUUCUCCUACUGAUGUAUUUAAUCCAAAUUAAUCAAAAUUUCUAAUGCAAUGUAUAAUUUUAGUAAAAACUCAUAUUGAAUUAUGUAAUAAUCUAUAUUGUUUUUGUCGAGGAUUUAUGGGUGAAAAAAAAUAAAGUUUAGAAUUGAAUCAUGAUAAUAAAUAAAUGAAAAUAUUUUCUGAUCAUACUUGUUCAAAUUUAUUUAUUUCAAUUGAUUUAAUUGAUAGAUAUAUAAGAUAUUAUGUAAAACUAAUUUUAAAUAUUCAAAUAUAUGUAACAUAACCUAAUUUAACAUAUAUAACAUAAUUGAUAAGUUAUAUAGGUAAAUCAGAGGAAUGUUAUUAAACAUGGUUAUAAAUAAUGGAAGUGAAAUUAUAAUUGCAAGAACAAAAAAAGCCAUAUGAUGAUAUUGUUCUUAAUUUGAUGACAAGUUAUUCAAAGUUUCUCACUCUUCAAAGAACAUAAUCUCAUUUGAAUGAAUUAUAAAUUAGAAAAACUAUUUAAUAUGGAGAUUAUAGGAGUACUGAAUAAUAAAGAAAUCAUUUCUUUAAUCAAUUAAUAGAUAGUUUAUAAAUGAAAUAAAAUUAUUUAUUAAAACUAAGUAGUAAUAAAUUGAAUUAUGAAGAAGUUUAAUAACUUUAUAUAGAAUAAAAUAAAACACUUGAUAAAUUAUAAGGUAAUUUAUUGUAAUUCUAUAAUUAAUCUCAAUGUAGAACAUCAACAUUAUUAUUAAUGUUUUAUUAUUUAGAAAUAAAAUGUGAUUACUUCUCAUUUUAUCAAUAUAAAAAUGUAAUAACAAUAUAUUCUUAAAUUUUAGAGUCUUAGAUCCAAAGAAAUUAAGUUUUUUGAAAUUCCAAUAUUAUCUCAUCAAUCUUAAAAUGUUAGUUACCUUAAAAUUAAUUUAUCUAGAUUUUCUAAAUAUAAAUGUAGAGGUGAAAUUUUAUCUCGUUCAGAUAAUUCAUAUAAUUUUUUUGGAUUUUAAAGCAUGGAUGAAUUUUGUAAUUAAAUUUAGACUGUUCAUUAAUUAGUACCACCAUUAAUUGCUAAAGUACAUAAUACAAUAAUGGAAUUAUUUUUAAUGAGUAGUAGACCAAAUGUUUUGAGAUAAGAACGUCAUUUAAUAGCUUAAAAAGCAAAUCAAGAGAUUGUAUUUAUAGAAAUGUUUAUUGAUGUAUGUUUUACUAUUACUGCUACAUAAUUUCCUGUUUAUUGUUUUAUGUAAGAACUUAAACCAAUAGGUAAAUUUGAGAAUGUAAGAGGUCAUAUAAUUGUUGAUGAUUAUGAAAUUAUUUAAGGUAUAAGUUCUUAUGCUUAUUAAUCUCUUUUUCUCGAUUCAACAUAGGAGAUUUGUAAUUAAGAAAUUUCUAAGUUUUAUAAUGAUUUUAAUGAAAAUAUUUAAAAGUUAAAUUUAAUGAUGGAUUCAAAAACUGUAAGAGAAAAGAGAAAAUCUUUAGUGAUAACUAAUUAAUAAAUUAAACGAUAAAAGAAUAUUAAAUCUAUUUAUAAUCAUUAUAAAUUAAGACUUGAAGAUUAAUUAUUUGUUAUUAAUUCAUAAGAUAAAUUUCUUAUUGAUUUAACAUUGACUUUAACAUAUGGAAUAAUCAAUAAUAAAAUAUCAAAAGUAUCAUUAUUAAUUUAUAUUAUAAUUUGUAUAGUUCUACAUCAUUGAGUUUAACAAGGUUCAUCAACUUGAAAUUACAGAUAACAGUCCUAGUGAUCAUUCUAUUAAUCUUUAAGAUAGUAUUAGAUAAUCUUCCAAGAAAACAGAUACUCUUCCAGAUAUUUAAGAUAAUGAGAAAGCAAGUAGUGAAUCUUCUAUAAGGAUGAAUCAAUACUCAUUUCCUUAAAUUAAUGAGUAAUGUAUUACUGAAUCUUAGAAUCAAAUUUAAUAAUUGAAUUAAGCACCAUUUUAAGAAAGAAAAAGAUUAACUUUAAUAAAAGCAGAAAGAAAAUCAAAAUAUUUUGCAAGUAAAGGUAUUGCCAGAAUUUCAAAUUCAGAUAAUUAAAUUAAUAAUGAAUAUUAUUCUAAUUAAGAUUAUCAUUAAGCAUCAGCUACAUCUUAAAAAUAAUAAUCAGAGGGAUCUAAAUUUCUAUUUAAAGGUGUCUAAUAUUAUGAAUUUUGUAAUUCAAGCAAUGAGAAAAUAUUAUAUAUAAUGCAUUUAAUAAAUGCACUUAUUUUUGGAAUCAUAAUAACAUUUUUAAUAAUGUAUUAACUUAGAUACAACUCUGAAUGUUAAACUAUGAUACCUACCUUUGAAAUUCUAAAAGCAUUUACAUCUACUAAUUAUGUAGAUAGUAUAUAGCUAUCUUUAAUGUCAAAAAGUCCAAAUAUACAAAAUUCAGAUCAAUUUUAUACACAUUUGAAUCGUUUAUUAAUUGAGAAUUCAAUUAUUUUUGUUGAUUAAUAAAAGAAAUAUUUAUUAACUUCAUAAAUAUAAGAUGUUUUUAAAAGUACAGGUACUUAAGAAUUAAAUUAAAUGAAAAUUGAUGUUCUAUAUUUAACUUUAACAACAUUAUAUGAUUAAAUAGAUUUUGUUUAGAAUUAAAAUAUUAUACAAUUUGAUGAUGUGCCUACUUUUGUUAAUUUAAUAAAAGAAUUUCCAACUCAUAAAACUUUGUAUGAGGAAAUUAAUCUAUAAUUUCAUGAAUAAGUUUAAAAUUAAAUUAAUAAUUUUAAUGAUUCUUAAAGAAGUCUUAUAUUAUCUUUAGUUAUUUUGAGCUUUUUCAUUUCAAUGGUUUCAUUGAUAGCUUAUUAUAAUUAUUUUAAAUAUUUAAAGAAGAUUACUAGAUGCAGUGAAUAAGUUUCAAUAGAUUGUAUUGAUAGAGAAAUCAAUUUUUGUGCAAAUAUCAUUAACAAUAAAUAAGUAUAUGAUUUAUUUAUAUUAUUAGAAACUUAAUAUAUAUGAACUUAAAAUGGAUUUCUCAUAGCAUUAAGAAAAUUAAACUAUUCAUUCAAGUUAUAGACCUAUGAAUAAUAAUAGUUUAUAAAAAAUGAAAAGAUAUCUAAAUCUAAAAGAUGUUUUUACAAUAAAAAGAACACUAAACUUUCUUUAUCCUUUAUUUUGUUUAGCAUUCAUAUUAAUAUAUUUACUAUUAACUUAUUUUGAUACUCUCAAUGCUAUGUCAACUAUAAUGUCCAAUAUUAAAAUCUAUAAUUAGAGUAUUAAAUAUUUAGAAUCAUUCUCUAUAAUGUGUCAGAGUAGUAUCAUCUAUGAAAAUAAGGAAUAUCUAUUAAAUAAUAACUACUUAACAAAGUAGUAAUUAUAAGUGUAUUAUGAUUAUAUUGAUUCAUCAUUAAUCUAUCUAUAAGAAUCAAGUAAAUUGAUAUUUCUAAAUUUUUAGGUUUCAGAAGUACUCAAAGUAAUGAUUUAUUAAAAGAAGAUAUUUGUAGUAUUUUGUCUAUAUAAAUAGACAUAUCAAUUUGUAAAUAAUUACAUUAAGGUUUAUUAUAGAAUGGAAUUUUGGAAUCUGUUUAAUAUUAUUUAGUACAUUACAUGAAUAAUUACAUUUCCAAUUAUUAAAAUUUUAUUGAUUAUUCCACAUCUGAAGAUGCAAUUGCAAUUAGUUUUAUAAUGAAAGCAAUUAAUAAUUAUGUGGAUUAAUUAAAAUUAGAUUUAGAAAAAUUUAUAGAUGAUAAUUAUAAUAGCAAAUUAGAUUGGUUUAUUUUUGUUAUUUCAAUAGCCAUAGUUCUUUAAAUUACUUUAUGGCUAAUUUAAUCUUGGAAUCUAAAAUAAAAAUUGAGAUCAUUAAAAUAGUUUGUUUUUUUAUUGCCUAGAUCUAGUUUAUAUAUGAAUGAUAGUUUUUUGAAGACACUUAAUUAUGUGUAAAGACAUUAAAAUGAUAUAUGGUAAUGA